UUCUCGGAAGGUCAGUAGAGUCAUGUUUUAGUAACUUGCUGGUAAAGUUUAUGCCUAUUUACUACUGGUCGAUGGAAUUUUCUUAUUAAUAAUUACAGUAGUGAUUAUACUGCACUGGAUUGUGGUAGUAUUAUUUUUUGUAGAAAGUGACAGAAUGUGUUAAUUUAUUGUGUGAUAGAUAUUGCGUUAAGUGUUUGCUUCAUCAAUCUAGAAGAUUUUACCAUGGCACCGAAUUUUAGUAAAAUUACUUCAAGGACAGACGUAAAAAUUGCGUUAGCGGCAUCUGCUGCUCUUGGUGCAUGGAUUGUUAAGAACUCUAUAAAAUCAAGUCAAAAGAAAAAUGCAAAACCGACCAGUCUGACUUUAGAAGAAAGUGUACAGUACAUGAUUAAAGACAAAGAUAAGAAAGGGCCUAGGGCACAAGUCAACGCAAAAUUUUUCAAAGAACUGAAGGCGUUAUGGAAGAUUAUGGUGCCUGGUGUAUGGUCCAAGGAGAGUGGCUUCAUGGUGAUGAUAGCUCUGUCACUUAUAGCCAGGACUAUGUGCGAUUUGUGGAUCAUACAGCACACAACAUAUAUAGAGGGGUCAAUUAUCACAAUGAACAAGCCAGAAUUCAAAAAACUUCUUACACAAUUCUUCAUGGCGAUGCCAUUGAUUUCCCUUGUUAAUAAUGUGUUAAAAUGGAGCAUAGGAGAAAUCAAGCUGCGAAUAAGAACAAAUCUAUCUUUGCAUCUAUACGAACAAUAUUUGAAAGGCUUCACCUACUACAAAGUGACGAACCUCGACAACCGGAUAUCUAACGCCGACCAGCUGCUGACCACCGACAUCGAGAAGUUCUGCGACACCGUCAUAGAUCUGUACAGUUACAUCAGCAAACCGCUGCUCGACAUAUCGAUAUAUUUAUACCGAUUGACCGUCAAUUUGGGACCGUCGACUCCUGGCUUAAUGAUGGCGUACUUGUUUGCAUCUGGAAUGUUCUUGACGUAUUUACGGCGGCCCACAGCUCGAAUGACGGUGCAAGAGCAGAAAUUGGAAGGCGAAUAUAGAUUCGUUAAUUCGAGGCUUAUUACUAACUCUGAAGAGAUUGCAUUCUAUCAAGGUAACAGGCGGGAACAGCUCACUCUACUAUCGAGUUUCUACAAACUGACAAAGCAUUUGAGGAAUUUCCUCAAUUUCCGCGUCGGUAUGGGCUUCAUAGACAACAUUGUUGCUAAAUAUGUGGCGAUUGUGGUCGGCUUCUACGCGGUAUCUCGACCGUUCUUCGUGAAGGAUCAUAACUUACUCACGACGGGCUCGGAACAGGAUAGAUUUAGGCACUACUACACAUACGGCCGUAUGUUAGUCAAAAUGGCGGAAGGUAUCGGGCGGCUGGUGCUCUCCGGUCGGGAGAUGAGCAAGCUGGCCGGGCUCACGGCGAGGGUGACCCAGCUGAGGACUGUGCUGGCCGAUGUCAAUAAGGGCAACUAUGUGAGGACCAUGGUGGAGCGGCAGCCGAAUGGCAGCUUAAGUUCAGGCCCACUCGCGUUAACACCAGGAGCCGGCCGAAUCAUCUAUCAGGACAAGAUAAUUCGAUUCGACAAAGUUCCACUUGUCACUCCCAACGGCGAUGUACUUAUAAAGGAGCUCUCUUUCGAAGUCAAGUCCGGCAUAAACGUGCUGGUGUGCGGGCCGAACGGGUGCGGCAAGUCGUCGAUGUUCCGCAUGCUGGGCGAGCUGUGGCCCAUCUUCGGCGGCGCGCUCACCAAGCCGCCGAAGGGCAAGCUGUUCUACGUGCCGCAGCGCCCCUACAUGACGCUCGGCACCUUUAGGGACCAGAUAAUCUACCCGCAAACCCGCGAGGAGAUGAUCCGCCGCGGUCGCACGGAUGCUGAGCUGAACAGAUUUUUGGACAUAGUGCAACUGUCGUACUUGAGCACGCGAGAGGGGGGAUGGGACGCUGUGGAGGACUGGAUGGAUGUGCUCUCCGGGGGAGAGAAGCAGAGGAUAGCUAUGGCGCGUUUGUUCUACCACGAGCCGCAGUUCGCCAUUUUGGACGAGUGCACGAGCGCCGUGUCCGUUGACGUUGAGGGACAAAUGUAUCAAUAUUGUAGAGAGAUGGGCAUAUCCCUGUUCACGGUGUCGCACCGCAAGUCGCUGUGGAAGCACCACGACCACUACUUGCAAAUGGACGGUCGCGGCGGUUAUGUGUUUGGAGAAAUCGAUAACAGCACGCAGGAGUUCGGCUCGUGAUCGCUAAAUGAUAAUUAAUUAGUAAAUACACAAACGAUCAUGCUGCAUGACAUGCGAGUUGCUCAAAUCUUCUGUCGAAUGUUGUGUGGAGCGAGACGUUCUAAAGAGUCACGUGCAAAAGUGGAGUUGGUUAUAAUUGAAAAUAAUUGCUAAUUGCUAGCUGAAAAUAAUAUUCGUAUUAGAAUGCUAUGUGAAAAAUUAUUAACUAAUUCUGUAAUGCUAUUUUAUAAUAUUCGAUUUUUAUCCUAUUAGAAUUCUAUUAAUAUUCGAUUUUUUUUUAAUACACUGUGAUUCCAACUUUGAAUAAGUAGCUUCACUCGUGUGUACUUUAGAAUAGUCGCAAAAAACUGUUUGAUAGUUUCAAACAUUUUUAAAAGCAAAUAGGCACAAUAUGAUGACAUGUAGCAUGAUUAUGUGGGAUGUGUUCUAGACAAAACUGUUUUAAUAUCAUCGACCACAUGGAAAAAAUGUAAAACGAUGUAUUAGCCAUUCCAAUGUGCAUAAGACAGUGAGAGACAAGCUAUGAUAUCGUUUUAUCUUUUUUACUCUAGAAUACAUUUAACCUUCACAGCUGGAUAGAAAAUUUAUUAAUCUAAUUCUAAUAGAUAAAGAAAUUUGAUUUUGCUUUUAAAAUAUUUAUCACAAAUAGAUUUUGGUGAAUUUAUUUCACUCUUAUACUUAAUGUAUUAAAGUUAUAGUAAUGGAGCGGUAAUACGUAAACAAAAUUUAAAAUUGGAAUGUUUUUACAAAUCUGCGAUUUGAAAAAAUUAUCUACAUCGUGUUAAGUAUAUAGAUACUAUAAUAGUGAAUUUUUAUAUUUUUACAAAUUUUAAUAUAAAAGAUAAUCUGAAUGCUUUUAUAUAAUUUACAUUCUUAAAGGUUCUGUUAGGUAUUUAUGUAACGCAGUCACACGUCGAUAUUUUAUAUAAUAAAAAAAUCACAUUUUCUUAUAAACCUCUUAAUAUCAAUACAUAAUCAAUAAUAAUAAUAGCAGUAUAAUAUGUGAAGUUAGUAAUCCAACUUGAACCAAUAUGUUUUGUAUUAACCAAUAAGGAUGAUAAAAACUUCAUAGUGGUUUGUUACACGGGUUUUUUUUAUUUAUUAUCUGUGGUAUUAUGAUAUGGGACUUUUACCUUUUACUAGAAAUAGUAGAAACUACUGUUUACUACAUUGUAACAAGUGAGUAUAUAAUUUUAAUAUUUUUGACACACGUAGGACGUAGAUGUUUGUUAACUUUUAUACACAAAUAUUUUCUCUAUAUUAUAAAUUAAUGAAUAAAUUACUUUAUAAGUUGAUAUCGUCAUACGUAUUACGUUAAAAUCAAUAGCGCGCAGUGUCAAAGUGAUUGCUGGAGUGAGGAUCUUGGAAAAAACUUUACAUAACUUCUAUUUUGAUAUUUAUAUGAAUUUUAAUUAAAUAAAUACAAUAUAAUAAUAUUUAAUUUUGAUUUGUCACUGGCGAAAUAAUAUUUAUACUCAUUUAGAUACAUUUUAUUUAUGAUUUUAAUGAAACAUCACUUUUUAAACAAAUUAUGUAAUUUUUUUAGAUGUUUAUAUCCUUUAGGCUGGAAAAGACAAUUCCUUUUUAUUCCAUUGUGACCAAGUCAUAAAUGUAUUAUGUGAUACAUUUUUAUUGAUGUAUUUUAUAUUAUUUGUUACUAUAAUGCUUUAGAAGAAAGCUCGUAAAUUUCUUGAUUGUUUUUGUUGAAUUAUAGAAAAAAAAUAAGCAAGUACAAAAAUCACAAAAUGUUGUGCAUACUUCAACUGUUUAUUAUUUAAAGUAUGUAUCAUUUUAUAUUAUUCUUAAUAGUUAAAUAAACUAUAAUCAUGUAUAUAAUCAUACAGGAUGGAAUUUUUUUAAUUUUAAUUUCAUUACCUGGGAACGUUAACUCUCUCUGUUCUCCUAUUGCUAUGAUCGUUAGAGCUAAUUACAAGGAUAAAAUCUCUCAAAUCAAAUGAGAAAGAGACCAUAAAAUCCAUAACUUUAACAGAUUUGAGUCAUUUCGAUGUGCCCAGUGAGUAAAAUUUUGUAUCUACAUUCUACAGUGUAUUACAAAAUUCCACCCUGCAUAAUUAAAUAAAAAAAUUCCACCCUGUAUAAUUAAAAAAAAGAAUAAUGUGUACCUCGAAAAAAGCUAAUUUUACAUUUUGUUACAAAAAAUCUCAGCAUCACAAUUAUUUGUUGUCGGGAUAAGUUACCAUUUAUACUAUUCUUUUUGACUUGACCUAUAACUACUUGACUUUUACAAUUUAAUAAUAAUUCCAUAAGAUUAUGACAAAUACAUCUUUCAGUUGUGAUUUUUUAGUAUUAGCAUUUCAACAUUCUUAUAUAGCAUCAAGAUUUUUUACACACAAUAAAACGAAUAUAAUGUAUAGAUACAUAAUAGAACAUUUUAUGUUCAUUUGUAUUUUAUAAUACAUAAUUUUUUAUGUUCUUUUAAAACACAACAAAUAAAUAAACAAGUGAUUGAGCUUAAGUCACUUGCAUCAAUUCUAAUGGAUUUAAAUUUGUCAAUUCUUUGUUACUUGUUUAGACACUAAAAAAAAACCUUUCAAUUGUAGAAUCAACUAAAUUGUUAUUACAGAGUAUACGUUAUAAGUAAUUUAUUUAAUAUUGUCGAUCCUCGUCAGGAUAAUUAGACAAGCUCAUGAAUUCAUUGUAUUGACACCAAUUCUUGAUAAGUAUACAAAGUUUUAAUUGAAUAUGUCUGCUUUAGUGGGUCGAAAAUGAGUCUGAAGGAGUCAGUUUUAUGCAAGCAUGCAAACAGGUAAAGAGAAUAAUAAAAAUAUAUUUAAAAAAGCUCACUCAUAUUAAACAUGACUUAAUUUUAAUUUAAUUGAACUUUCUUUUGAAAUUAAAUCACUAAGUGUAUCAAUGGGUGUAACAAAUGUAGACAUGUAAUUUUUAUGUGUAUUCUAAAGAAACGUAAACUAAUAAAUUUCAAUGUGAAAGUUGCUGUGAUAGAUUAAGUUUAUGUUGUUCUUGUUGAUGGGUGUUGGGUCAAUAAAGAAGGGUUAAGGAUAA